AGUGCGAGUUGCUGCAAGGCACAGUUUUUGUGUGUGUGUGAAGCUCUAGGAGAGAAAAAGCGAAAGCCAAAACAGGACAGCCUGCAAGGAAGGACGGGGGUUUUGUAAAUAAUGGCGAACACGUACAGAGGAUUAGGCAAGAUUGGUCUGCAAGAUGAAGAGGAAUUUGUGGACAUACUGGAGGACAAGCGGCACUGCAGUGACUUGAGCUUUGCCUUCAGGACCUUUAGCCCCCCACCGCACAAAGGAGCGGCGCCCUGCUCCGCAGCUGAGCUCAACAAAGCCGUGCUGGAGUCUCAGUAUCUGCGCUAUGUGAUCCAAGAGGUUGCUGUGGAGACGGGGUCAUCUGUGGAGGAAGUGAGAGGCGAAGUACGCAGGACUUUGGGGGAAAUGUCUCAAAACCUGCAGCUGAGGUUCAUCCGACUGAUGGCGUUCACGUUCAGGAAGGUGUUCAAGAGACUCUUCAGUGCCAUCUACGUCAACGUCGAAGGACUCAACGCGCUCCAGCAAGCCGCUCAGGAGGGUCCUGUGAUCCUGAUGCCCAAUCACAGGAGUUAUGUGGACUUCCUGGUUGUCUCCUACAUCAUGUUCAGCUACGACAUACCACUUCCCGUAAUUGCUGCAGGAAUUCCUCUCGCAGGGAUGAAGAUAGUGGGAGAGAUACUGCGUGGCUCUGGGGCUUUCUUUAUCCGCCGUGCCAUUGGCUCUGACAAACUCUACUGGGCUGUGCUGUCAGAAUAUGUUCGGACAAUUGUCAGAAAAGGAUUUGCUCCUCUGGAGUUUUUCGUGGAAGGUCUCAGGAGUCGAACGCUGAAGUCCCUCCCACCGAAGUUAGGUAUGAUGCACAUGAUCCUGGAGCCCUUCUUUAAAGGCGAGGUGUUCGACGUCACCCUGCUGCCCAUCAGUAUCAGCUACGACCGGGUGCUGGAGGAGUCGCUGCUCGCGCACGAGUUACUGGGCGUCCCCAAACCCAGAGAGAGCACCGCGGGCCUGCUGAAGGCCAGCAAAGUUCUGCAGGAGAAUUACGGCUGCAUGCAUGUGAACUUUGGCCGUCCCCUGUCUGUCCGCCGGCUGUGUGAGGGAAAGAUAAACCGCUGCCAGUACAAUCAUAUGCCUAGGGAUCUUCCCCAGAAGCCCAACGCAGAAGCCCAAGCCUGCGGGAGCUGGCUGGCUCACCUGAUGGUCCGGGUCCAGGAGGAGGGCUCUCUGACCAGCCCCUGGUCUCUGAUGGCCUGCGUGUUGCUCCAGGUCCCCACCGCGGCCUUGACAGAAGAGGGCCUGCUGUUUCAUCAGCUCACGGAGCAAACCCUCUGGCUCAGGAAGCUGGCCCUGGACUUUGGGGCUCAUCUUAGCUGGCCUGGUGGGUGUGCAAUGGAAAAGGCCUCCGAUCCGGACGUGAUGUCUUCCGCCGUGGCUCUCCACCGGUCCGUCGUCUACCGUAAAGCGGGCCGCGUCUACCUGCUCUUGGCGGACGAGCCCGAGCGGAAACAUCCGCCGAGUCCAGAGGAGGACACGAUGAGGACAGCGGCUGCGGUCCUGAUGUUGGCUUCAUACCGCAAUCAGAGCCUGCAUGUCUUUGUGCGCCCCGCGCUUCUUGCUUUGGCCAUGAGCGUCACGAAAAGCACACAGAGAGACGAGCUCCUCACAUGCUUCUGCUUCCUGCAAGACGUUUUCGGCAACGAAUUUAUUUUCAUCCCCGGCAGAUCUUCUGAGGACUUUGAAGAGGCCUGCUCUCUGCUGAAGAAAUGUAAAGCACUUCAUGUCAGUCAAAGGGAAGUGACGGUUUCAGACGCAGGGCCGGAGGUGUUGCCGUUCCUGCAGGAGCUGCUCAGGCCCUUCGUAGACUCCUAUCAGCUGAUGUUCAGAUUCCUCUGUGAGGAGAGCGAUUGUGUAUUCACUGAGAAAGAGUUCCUGCCGGCCGUGCGAGCCUUCGCUACGAAGCUCGUCGUCUCAGGGGAACUCCCCACCUACGAAGCCCUUUCGUCGGACGUGCAGAAAAACGUUUUGUCGGCCCUGCUUAGGCUGGGGGCUGUCACAAAGAUAAAGACAUCUGAGAACAAUCAAUAUAAAGUGAACAAAACGGCUGUGAGAAGAACUGGAGACAUGCUUGCUGGAAGAAUACCUCCCCAGAUUACCCAGGCUGCACCUGAUGCCAGGCUGUAACCUCAGCCGGAGCACAUCCAUUCUCUCCGGUUCUCUCCAACGGGGCUCUCUCUCUUUCACCCCACCCCCCCACCCCCCCCACACACACACACACACACACACUACAUAUUUUCAUGCCUUUUAUAUUUUCAUGCCUUUCUGCCAAAGCCUUAAGUGGAAAAAAUAAGUCCUUCUGCGACACUGACAUGAAAAACAUGAUUAAAUCAGUUUUUAAUAUUUAUUAAUCAUCAAACAUUGAUAUAUUGUAUGAGGUUUUAUUAUUUAAAAGGUUAAUCUUUUUUUCUUUAAAUUAUUUGCCGCCUUUUAUUAACGAUUCUCAUGCAAACAUUAACAAAACAUUGAUCAUUUAGAAGCCAUAUCGUUCUGUGAUACAGCUUAGUGAAUGUAAAAAUGUAUGAUAAUCCUAUAAUAUUUUUUUGUCAUAAAUAUUUUUUUAAACUGAUUCAAUUCUAUGCUUGUUAUAUAUUCAAUUAUAUUUGACAGAAAGGGAAUCAAUGGUAUGAUUAACAUGUAUUCUCAACUUUUAACUGUGUGUUUUCAAGGCACUUUAAAUUAAACCUGACUAAGAAGCAAAUAAACCCAGUUAAUGUUAUUAAACUGAGUGAAAAUAUUUUAAAUGUAUCAUUUAGCAGUAUUUUUUUUAGUUACUAAUAAAUCAAAACUGUUGACAUUAACCCAGCCUGAUAAAUGAGUAUAAAUGUCUGCUGUC